GGCGUUGGUGGCCGCGCGCCUUCUCAGCUUGGCAACUCCGCCGCCUCCCGGCCUCUCAGCCGGUCCGUCAGCCAGCCUCAGCCGCUGCAGGAGCUGCUCUUGGCAGCAGAGACUAGAGAGGAUUGUUAACAGUUGGGCACUCUUCGCAGCUUCUUCCCCGCCGCCACCACCACCACCGCACCACCACUUCACUCGGCAGCGGCUGCGGCGGCGGCGGCGAGGAGGAAACAAGGAGGCUUCCUUGGGCUCAGAGAGCAGCGGCCCCUGCCCUGCCUCCCCUCAGGCGCUUUCCCGCCCUUCUUUUCCUCCAUCCUCACUGAGCAGCACCCUCCCCUCCUUCCAGGCCAGGCGGCGCGCAGGUGGCGUUGGCGAAGGGAGGGUGAGGGGCAAGCCAGUCUGGCGGGGACCAGGACUAGGGGAGCUCGGGGCUGCCCUCGCGCGCCUUGCUGCUGCUGCUGCUGUCUCCCGCCAGCCAUGGCCCCGGACUGUUGCUCUUGCUGCCGCCCGCUACUGCGCCUCUUGCUCGUGGUGCUGCUGGGCGCCUCGGCCCAGGCGUGGGCGGCCCCACCGUGCUCCUCUUCGCCGCCCAGCGUGGACUCGGUGCAGGGGCUGGCCCGGCGCGCCUCGGUGGUGAUCGAGGGCAAGGUGCUGGCUCACAGCGUGGCCGAGCCAGCGGGAGGAGGAGGAGGAGAGGGGAAAGAGGCGACGUCGCCACUGCCGCCGCCGCCGCUGCUGAUACUGCCGGAGGAGCAACCCAGCACCAGCACCAGCACCGCCGCCUCCACCUCCAGCUCCUCCCUCUCGGGGACCAUCCUCUCGUCAUCCUCGCCAGCUCCCAGCCCCCCGAGCCCGUUCCCUAGCCUCAACAGCCCGAGCCCGCCGCCUGCCUCCUCAGCGGCUCGGGUGCGCGUGCACCAGGUGUGGCCAGUGAAAAGCGGCGGGCUGCAGAAGGACGCGCUGCUUUGGGUGCUACUGGCCGAGCGGGGCCCCGCCUGCGGGAGCAGCAGCAGCAGCCGCCUCAAAGAGGAGAGCCGCUACAUCUUCUUCAUGGAGCCCGUCGUCGGCUCCAGCAUAAACGGCACCGGGUCGCCUUUGCCGCCGCUCUUCCGGGCGUCUUCCCCGCCCCUGGAGACGGGCAGGAGUCUCAAGAAGGAGGUCAGCAGGGCGCUGUGCACCAGGGGAUGUGGAAGGGCCACUUCUGAAGGGCCAAGUCAGCAAAGCCUGGUAUCAACAGAAACUAAUGGCGGUGGCAGCAACUACAACACUGUGCCUCCUAAAUUGAAGGAGAUGAAAAGCCAGGAAUCUGCUGUGGGUCAGACACUAGUUCUCAGAUGUGAAGCCAGUUCUGAACAGCCCUCUCUCAAAUUCAAAUGGUUAAAGAAUGGAAAAGAAAUAACAAAAAAAAACAGACCGGAAAAUAUCAAGAUCAAGAGCCCAAAAAAACAAAAGACAUUCUCAGAACUUCGCAUUUCUAGAGCUUCAUCGGCUGAUACUGGGGAAUAUACAUGCAAAGCAAGCAACAGGUUCGGAAAUGACAGCACCAAAGCUCAGGUUAUCAUUGCAGAUGCCAAUGAACCUACCAACUUGAUACCCAUUUUGACAAAAGGAACAAACACAUCCUCACAGCUUAUAGACAAGAUAUCGACCUCAACUGAAGGAACAAAUGCAUCUUCCUCCACAUCUACAUCUACUACUGGGACAAGUCAUCUCACAAGAUGUGAUGUCAAUAAAAAAGGUUACUGUGUAAAUGGAGGCGAGUGCUUUAUGGUCAAAGAUCUGCCAAACCCUCCAAGAUAUUUGUGCAGGUGCCCAAAUGAAUUUACUGGCGAUCGCUGUCAAAACUACGUAAUGGCCAGCUUCUACAAGCAUCUUGGGAUUGAAUUUAUGGAAGCUGAGGAACUCUACCAGAAAAGAGUGUUGACCAUAACUGGCAUCUGCAUUGCUCUCCUUGUAGUUGGCAUCAUGUGUGUUGUGGCGUACUGCAAAACCAAGAAACAGAGGAAAAAGUUGCAUGACCGCCUCCGGCAAGGCCUUCGAUCUGAACGCAACCAUCGAGUCAAUAUGGCAAAUGGGCCUCACCAUCCUCAUCCACCACCGGAAAAUGUCCAGCUAGUGAAUCAAUAUGUUUCUAAAAACGUAAUAUCCAGCGAGCAUGCUGUUGAAAGAGAAACCGAAACAUCAUUUUCUACAAGCCACUACACCUCAACGACACACCACUCCACAACAGUUACCCAGACACCCAGCCACAGGCUCUUUAUCAGUUGGAGUAAUGGUCGGACCGAAAGCAUCAUCUCUGAAAGCCAUUCAGUGCUUGUGAGCUCCUCCGUUGAGAACAGCCGGCAUACAAGUCCAGCAGGCCCCCGAGGCCGCCUCAACGGCAUCGGAGGGCCGAGAGAAUGCAACAGUUUCCUCAGGCAUGCACGAGACACACCUGACUCCUAUCGUGAUUCACCACACAGUGAAAGGUAUGUAUCAGCUAUGACCACACCGGCUCGCAUGUCACCUGUGGAUUUCCACACACCGAGUUCUCCAAAGUCACCAGCUUCAGAAAUGUCUCCACAAGUCUCCAGCUUAACAAUGUCUGUCCCUUCUGUGGCAGUCAGCCCAUUCAUAGAAGAGGAGAGGCCUCUCCUUCUGGUCACACCACCCCGGUUACGGGAAAAAUAUGAGCAUCACAUACAACAGUUCAACUCCUCUUACCACCACAAUCCUGCUCAUGAAAGCAACAGUCUACCACCAAGUCCUCUGAGGAUAGUGGAGGAUGAGGAAUAUGAAACCACACAGGAGUAUGAACCAACGCAGGAGCCUCCAAAGAAACUAGUCAACAGUCGGAGGGCAAAAAGAACAAAGCCCAAUGGCCACAUUGCCAAUAGAUUGGAAAUGGACACCGACACCAGCUGUGAGAACAGCAGCUCAGAGAGUGAAACAGAAGAUGAAAGGAUAGGUGAAGAUACGCCUUUUCUGAGCAUACAAAACCCCAUGGCAGCCGACCUAGAAUCAGCUACUGCAUAUCGACUGGCUGACACUAGGACUAACCAAACCAGCCGGUUCUCAACACAGGAAGAAUUGCAAGCAAGAUUGUCCAGUGUAAUAGCUAACCAAGACCCCAUUGCUGUAUAAAAAACACUUUUAAAAAACCCACAUAGAUUCACAUGUAAAACUUUAUUUUCUAUAAUGAAGUACUCCACCUUUAAAUUAAAACAAUUUAUUUUAUUUUAGCAAUUCCGCUAUUAGGAUAAAGAAACAAACACAGGAAAACUUUUAUAAAUUAAAUAUAUAAUGUAUAUACAAAAGUGUUAUGUGCCAUAUGUAGCAAUUUUUUUACAGUAUUUCAAAAAUGAGAACGAUAUCAAUGGUGCCUUUAUGUUAUAUUAUGUUGAGAGCAAGUUUUGUAGAAGUUAUAAGUGAUUGCUGUUCCACAGUAUUUCGCAGAAGUCUCCAACAUUCUGGGUUAUUCCCCCAACCCUGAUUUCGGGCUCUUAUUUCAUUUCAGUUUUGUGCAUUCCAUUAAUGGUGUACAACUUGCAAGAACUGCAACAGACCCUGUGUUUGCUUGUUGUGGCCCUUGGUCCAAAAAGCCCUGUACUGGCAUCCGUACCUAAAGAACGAAACAUACUCUUUUCUUCUAUACAAGGUUUACAAACUAAUAACAAUUUAUUUCCUUAUCCCAUAUGAGUUGGAUUGUGUCUGCUCUCUGACAGAAACAAAGUUUGCUUUGAGAGCCUUAAGGAAAUGGUAGAUCCAACAGCAUGCUAUUAUUUACAACAGGACAAAAGCAAAACAAAAAAAAAUACAUAAAGCUACAAUAAAUGCUUGACAGAAAUACUGUGAUCUUAAGUGUAAUAUGAUCAGCUAGUGAAUUUACAUAGUUUCAGUUAUUUAUUCUUUUCUCCUACAAAGUUUUAAUUUUUGCAGUGGUGUUCCUAUGAAACACAAAUUUAGGAUCAUUUGAUCACAAAAAGAAAGGGAACACAAUCCAGUGGGAAGUUCUCCUGCACAAGCACCGUUAAAAUGAAUUGAACCUCUGUAAUAAUAUAGUGGUCCCCUUGCCCAGCUCCCAUUAAUUUCAAUUAGAUUUGUGUGAGAGAGCUUGCCACUGGAUUCUGACCAAGAUAUCAGUUAGAUAUCAGAGAACAAUUUGUUAUGGGGUGGCUAACAAAGUUUAUUUAUUAUUUAUUUUAUUAUUAGUUGCAGUUCCUGGGUAAAAUAUUAUAUCAGGUAUUGGUAACCAAAAAAAAGAAAGAAUGGGGGGGGGCUUAAAAUGCUACUGGGGAAAAAUUGAUCAUUUUAGACCCAUAUUUUCAAAUAGAUGUUUUUCAUUGCUAAUCUGGAAAACAAAUGGCUCUUCUUCAGCGGCUUAAUCUCUCCCAUGGAAAUUAGGGAUGUGCUCGAACCUGUUUGGAGGUUCGAGCCUUUUAAGGGCCUCUGAACCGGUUCAAACAACUGGCCGUUCAGCUGGUUCAAAGGCAGGAGGCAUACCUUUAAGGAUGGGGGAGGGUGUCCUUACCCCUCCCGCUGCGUUUCCCCCGCCAGCACUCCCAUUUUAAAAGUGUCCAUCAGGGCGGCAGCAUACCUCCCUGCCACCCUGUGUCCUCUUCAGCCGGAAGUAACAGGAAGUCCCCAGUGCGUAGUGAAUAUAUAAUAUUCACUAAUGUGAACCUACAUUCAAACAACUGUGUGAACCAGGCCAUUGUUUGAAUUGAAAUUAUAGACACAAAUUACAUGCAAGGUGGAACCAAAAUGGGCUAAAAUGAGCUCCAAGGGAAAAGGCUGACUGCCUAAUUCACACCUGGUGGUCUAUGUUCCUUUUUUAUUUAAUUAUCUGGAAGUUCGGUUCAUAUAGAAAAGCAAGUUAUGUCUGUCAGAUUCCCAAACAUUCAUGAGUUUUGUUACAACUAUGCAUCUGGCCAUUGAUUUGAGUCAGAAUGUCUUUCUUCCAAGAGGCAUGUUUGAGGGUCAGUCUAGAUGGGAGAUACCAUCAGACUCAUUUGUCAAUCCUAUAAGACUGGCUGUGAGGGAUAUGAUUUUCAGAGAAAACGGGAUGUGCAGAAUCCUACCUGUGCCCGCUGCUUACCUCCAUGUAGCCUCAGAUACUUCUGAGGGGGAAAGCACCUAGGGAAGGAGACAUACUACAUGGAUAUAUGCUGCGACCAGGAAAUGGGUAGCAUCUUCACUCACAUUUUUUAAAAUUAAAAAUGCAACCUCUCAUCCCGUGCUUUUAAGUGUCUGAAUAAACAGAUCUGUUACCUAGGUUCUCAGUCACAAGCCAAUAACCUUCCUUUUGGACCUGAAUUUGUAUCAAAUUGUGGGCUUAGGCCUUCAUAUCUUUUCUUUUUUUUAAUUUCACCAUAUUCAACACAGACUGGAGACUGAAGGCAAUAUGUCCUGUUAAUACUUUUUUAAAAAGGAAAGUUGCUCGAAUUGAAAUUUCUGCACUUCCGGAGAAUCUCUUAGGAAAACACAGUUGCUCUCAGUUCAUGGCUAGUAGGUUGAGCUCAGCUAGCACGGAUGUAUAUCAGUUGCGGCUGGGUCUUUGCAACUCCCAGUGGGCCCAAUUUGGAGAAUGUAACUUGAGCACUGCAGCCUAAAACUACAGUCCUAAUUCUAAAGUGUACACAGUAGGAUUUACUUCUGCAUAAAGCUGUUUAGGAGCAUGCUGCAAGUAAGCAGAUGAAGGUACAUUACAGAACAAUUGUUAAAACUUCUUUCACGUUAUGCAGUUCACAUGAACACAAGCUUGAGGUUUUCAUUACGUCUUAUUGACUUCAAGUGCAUGUUUAGGUGCUUGUUCCGAAUCAAAAAAUUGAAUGUGUUUUUGCAUUGGUUUCCUGCCAUCCUGGGAUUCAAUGGAAUUUUCCUCCUUUGCUGGUGAAAAUUUGCUUUUUCAAGGCAAGAUGAUAUUCCUGCAUUGCUUUGUUACCAAAAACCCUUGCUCCUAAGCUUGCUCCAAACAUCCUAAAGAAUAUAUCGGCUUUGAAUUUGUAUUUUAUAGAACUAUUUGGCCGAUACAAUAGGAAAGUGAGAGGGGGAAACGGGAACACUCACUUCCUUCUGCAUGAAUUUGGGGUCCCAGAGGCUUGUGUGAGACUUCACCAAUGCCUGAAGGUGCCCUUCAUUAGCCUGGGAAAUGCCUAACUUUUCCAUUCAUCUUUCCUCCACUUCCUGCUAUUUUGAAGCUAUUAAGGCAAAGUGCUUCUAGCAUUGUGGUCUCUGUGAGUAGGCCAUACUAGCAUAGGCUGCAGAGAGACAGGCCUAAUCUAACCUUUAGUACACUUGACAGAGCAGACUGGGAACUUGGUAUAUUGGGCAAUUAGAUCCUGUCAAAUCUUAAGAAAGAUAUUUGGGUUGGGCACAAUAAAUGCAGUAGUAUACUGUACCACUUUUAGCUAAUAUUACCAAUAUACUUCUCCCUCCUUUCAUUCCUCUUAGCUGCAUUUAUGAAGUUUUGUUUUGGAUUUUUGCUUUGUUUUUGCUUCCAGCAGAAAGGGAAGUUUCUGUAAAUCAUUCUAUUCCCGGGCCUUUCCAUACUCUCUGUUUGGUGAUUUGCUGCAUGGAUUCUGGUCUACCUUUCCACCAUCAGCUGUCCUGAACCUUGCGAUUUCUCACAGUUGCUGUGCAGACUAAUGCAAGAUGAGGACUGAAUGUUUUAAAUCAACAAAUCUAAGAAUUGAAGAGGGGGAACCCAUGCGUUUGACUGCCAGCUUUCUUUCCUUUUGUCCCUUAUUACUGACUAAUCCCAUUGCUAGUGCAUGUUGCUGAAUCUCCCUCUGCUCUGAGCAGCUCUAUGCAGGGAACAGUUAGAUUAUAUUCUUGCACUGAGUACCUUGCCAUGUCAGAUGAGUCACCACUACAAACUGCCUGUUGAAAAGAUAAAGUGCAAAAAGCAUUAAAUGCUUAUCUCAGUACUGUAAUAUUUUGGUUGUCAGUGUAAAAAGAGAAGAAAGCCUGUUACAGCUGAUUGCACCAUUUCCUAGGUCAGUUUUAACAUGGUAUUUACUACAGUGAGUCUAAACACCACUUUGGUAGAGGGAUUUACAAUCACAUCAGUAUAAAAUGCCUGUGCAAAUACAUCAGUGUGCAUUGAACAGUAGCUUUGUAUUUUCAUCAAAUACCACAAAAGGGCCUCCAUGAAUUUUAUGCACCAGUUUCUUUCUUUUUCAUUCCUCUGUUAACAAUUUGUCCCCAAGUCUGCUUCAGUCUGUCCCUGUAGCUGCUGUGCAAUCACAGAACGAAGGAAUGUAACUAGACAGACAAGCUACUGGGGAAGAAUGAAAUUAAGGAAUGGGAAAGUCAGUACCUGAAAUGGGAAUGCUGGCUGACAUACUUCAAAAGAGAGGGCCAGCAUGUCUGACCAACUGAGGCUGCUGCACAUGUGAAAGGCAGCCCUGGGUGGCUCCACAACAGCUUGACACACAAUAUAGACACUUGUGUUGCACUCCUUCCCUCACUUCCAGCCACCCACCUAACACCUGCAGGGAUGCCUUUCAUGUGCCCAGCAGCAGCCCUGGCAGCUCAGACACACCAAUGAUCCACUGUGCAGCAUGAUAGCCAUAUUUAUGUAUCCACAGUGUGUCCCUUCCAUUGAAGCUCAUUUCAUUUGGGGGCUGAUCAAAGUGAGCUAAUGAGGGAGCAAGCAUAUCAGAAUGAGUAAAAUGUUUUUUAAUCGUAUCAAAGAUUUACAGACAGUGAGAUGUCGGCUCUUUCUGCAUCCGUAAGCCCUUCUGAAGAUUGUUUUGCCUAUGAAGUGGUGCAGCUGACUGAAGAGAUGAGGUAGCUAGUUGUUUGUUCAUCCGCCCAUGCACUCAACUAAAUGUUUACAUCAUUUUUUGCUCAUUAAAUGCUUUAGAUGCUUGCUGUAGUUCCACUACAGUACAGGAGUUUCUGUCCUCUGAGUACAUAUGGCUAUCCUAGAAAAUGACAAUUUCCAAAGUGAGUUUUAAGGCUCCAUAGAUGUGUAUGGAGACAAACGAGGGGGGAUGCAGUAUUUUUGCCAGGUCAUGAGAAUCUUGUGUGAAGCAAUUUGUCUCUGUAUUGCUAUUAACGUUUCCACUUGCUGCAAUGCCAAAUGGCCACAACCAUUUCCUUGAAGAAGCACAGAAUAUAGGGGUGGGCAUCUGACAGGCAGGCUCUCUGAGGCAGUUUUUGAAGGCUGAUGGUGUACACGUGGCUUAGGACACACUAGUGCAAGAAUGUUAGAUUGGAAUGUAUUAAGAAUUGAUGCUAAGUCCUGUUAGAAGAUUUUAAAAUCUCAGCCACCCUCUAACCUCAACCUCUAACAUAUUACACUGUUAAGUGGUUUAAGGGAAAAUGGGCUCUGGCCUUCAUAGGUUCAUUUACAAUACAUAAUUGGAUCUUUGGGAGCACCAUCCUCUUAACAAAAUUUUGAAAGCCACACUAUAAACCUGGCUGUAGUGGACAACACUAGUAAUCCUUUCAGCUUAAUAUCCUGUCUCCAGUAAUAAUCAUAUCUAGAUGUGGAAGAACUGUGUAACAGUUCUUCCAGCAAUGUUAGGAAUGUUAGGAAGGAUGUGUCUUCCUAGCAUUGUAGGGAAUGUUAGUGUCAUCACAAACAAGGGUGACACUAACAUUCCCUACAACACAAAGCUUGGGUUAGUUCACACAUGCAUGUAUAAUGCUUAAUCUCUCAUAACCCAAUUAUUUAAAAGCUUUGAUUACUUAACUGAAUGUAUUGUGUUAGAAUUUAUCUUGGAGGAGAAGCAUUCCAUCUGGUUCAUUUAAUCUAUGAUGAUUCAUACACACACACACACACAUUUUGAUUUAAUGCUAGCCAUUGACAGAUAAAUGUGCAUGUGUAAACCAACCAAUAGACAUGAUAGUGUGAUAUAUGGUUAUAAUUCUGAGCCAUUCCUCUAAGUAGCUCCUCUCCCAUAAAAGCAAGUUCUGUAGAAGAGGCUGCUCUUAUUAAGGACAGCAAACAAUCACAAAAGACAACAUCGAUUCUCAGGGCAAUCUGCUUUAUGCAUUCAAACUUGGAUGUCAUCGUCACAGGUUUAAGGGCCGUCUCCCUUCUUCCUUCCAUUUAGUCCUUGAUAAAGCUUGCCCUGAGUGAAACACACUCAGCAUAAGGGGCUGCUAUUCUGAAUGUAGGUGAUGCACUCCAAUGGCAGCUUGGUUUAGGGGGUGCCAUGUCUCACGAAGUGGCUUUGCAAUGGAAGAAGGAAAGAAGUAUGGCUGACCGAGAUCUGCCGCUGCUUAACAGUGCAUGAGAGAGCUCUGCACAAAUAAAUUUCCACCAGCUGAGAACCUAUCUGCAUCCCUACCCUCUUGUACCCCAUCUUAACCAGUAUUAACUGCUGAUGGAUAACCAAUACUAGUUUCCUGUUCUUUUUGUUUCUUGACCCAAAGCACCAUCAUGUCAAUCAUAUUUUUUACCCAUCCCUGCAUCUUAAUCCUUCCAAACAAGUAAUGGCUACUUAAGCAUUCAACAAAGCCUAAUUGAUGUAAAAGGUGCACAUCUUUGACCAGAACAAGUAAGCAACGUCUGUUCUCACCCUUUUCAGCGCUGGCUGAAUUUUCACCAGCCUUGGCAUCACACAGCAAAUAUGAAAUGCUGCAGAGAAAUACAGACAGAACGAAAUGGCCACAUAUCAUUUUAAGUAUAUAUUAUUUUUGUAAAUACAUCUUGUACAUACUUGAAUGUCUCCCCACAAUCAUUUAUUGUCUUUGAGUUAUAUAUGGAUUAUAACACUGUAAAUAACAUAAUGUUCUUUAUUAUUUAUACUUAGGCAUUUAAAAGAGAGAGAGAGUCAUCAUAUUAUUUUAAGAUAUAUGUCAAAUGUUUGGUUAUUCCUUUUCCCCACCUUCAGAACUGUAAUGUAUCUUUUUUUUCCUUUUAUCCUAAACAAAAUAUAAUUUAUUGGUCUGGACAGAAUGUAUUUGUAAUGGAAAAUGUAUAAAGAACGCACAGUAGAAGGCCAUAAGGUACUGAUAAAACUAAAGAAUCUAUAAUCCCAAAUACUAAGCAAUAAGUAAUUGUUGAUUUAUUUAAGGUUUUGUUGAUCACUUAAGUCAAAAAAGAGGUGCUGGAAUAAAUUGCUACUGUGUAGUAUCAGCACAGUUGUGUAGUAUCGGAACAGACCAUUUCAGUCUGUAUUUCCCCCCCCCCCACCUCCUCUGUGUCCAAAUAUAAUGGCACAGUUCUAAUGUUUAUGGUCAGACAUCUGCUUGAUAAACGUUUGUUUCUUUGUUGUCAA